CACAAACACAAAAACAACAACAUAGUCACAUACAAUUUUUCAAGUAGUUCUACAAGAAAAUUUAAAGGAGGUUGGAGCUUUUACGUGAUGGACAGUGCGUUUAGACUACGCGCUUCUCUGAUCUUUCUGGGCAUCGUUUUGUUUGGGAGUUUAUUCGCAUUUUCUAUUGCGAAAGAGGAGGCAAACAAGUUAGGAACAGUGAUUGGGAUAGACCUUGGCACAACUUACUCUUGUGUUGGUGUUUAUAAGAAUGGACAUGUUGAAAUCAUAGCGAAUGACCAAGGUAACCGAAUCACCCCUUCAUGGGUUGCAUUCACUGAUAGUGAGAGAUUGAUCGGCGAGGCAGCUAAGAAUCAGGGGCCUGUCAAUGCCGAGAGGACCAUCUUCGAUGUCAAAAGACUUGUCGGAAGAAAGUUUGAUGACAAGGAGGUACAGAAGGACAUGAAACUUGUUCCAUACAAGAUUGUGAACAAGGAUGGAAAACCCUACAUACAAGUAAAGAUCAAGGAUGGGGAGACUAAAGUUUUUAGUCCUGAGGAGAUAAGUGCUAUGGUUCUAACAAAGAUGAAGGAGACAGCCGAGGCAUUCCUUGGGAAGAAAAUUAAGGAUGCUGUUGUGACAGUUCCUGCUUACUUCAAUGAUGCCCAAAGGCAGGCUACCAAGGAUGCUGGUGUUAUUGCUGGACUGAACGUCGCAAGAAUUAUAAAUGAACCGACUGCGGCAGCCAUUGCCUAUGGUUUGGACAAGAAGGGUGGUGAGAAGAACAUCCUUGUCUUCGACCUUGGAGGUGGAACAUUUGAUGUUAGUAUUUUGACAAUUGACAACGGUGUUUUUGAGGUUCUUGCCACAAAUGGAGACACUCAUUUGGGAGGUGAGGACUUUGAUCACAGAGUUAUGGAUUAUUUCAUCAAAUUGAUUAAGAAGAAGCACAGCAAGGAUAUCAGCAAGGACAAUAGAGCUCUUGGGAAGCUGAGGAGAGAAGCUGAGCGUGCCAAAAGAGCCUUGAGCAGCCAGCACCAGGUUCGUGUGGAGAUUGAAUCCCUCUUUGAUGGUGUGGAUUUCUCUGAACCACUUACCAGAGCUCGAUUUGAAGAGUUGAACAACGAUUUAUUCAGAAAGACCAUGGGACCUGUUAAGAAGGCCAUGGACGAUGCUGGAUUGGAGAAGCGCCAGAUUGAUGAAAUUGUACUUGUUGGUGGAAGCACCAGGAUUCCAAAGGUUCAGCAACUUCUUAAGGACUUUUUUGAUGGUAAGGAGCCCAACAAGGGUGUGAACCCAGAUGAGGCUGUUGCUUAUGGUGCUGCUGUACAAGGAGGCAUUUUGAGUGGAGAGGGUGGUGAUGAAACCAAAGAUAUCCUUCUCUUGGAUGUGGCCCCACUUACCCUUGGUAUCGAAACUGUUGGUGGAGUGAUGACAAAAUUGAUUCCUAGGAACACUGUUAUUCCAAGCAAGAAAUCCCAAGUCUUCACAACUUACCAGGAUCAGCAGACAACUGUCACUAUCCAGGUUUUUGAAGGAGAAAGGAGUCUCACAAAAGACUGCAGACUGCUUGGGAAUUUUGAUUUGACUGGAAUUGCUCCAGCUCCAAGAGGAACACCUCAGAUUGAAGUCACAUUUGAGGUUGAUGCCAAUGGUAUUCUAAACGUGAAAGCUGAAGAUAAGGCCUCAGGGAAAUCAGAGAAGAUCACAAUCACCAAUGACAAGGGUCGGCUGAGUCAAGAGGAGAUUGAUCGGAUGGUGCAGGAGGCUGAGGAGUUUGCCGAGGAAGACAAGAAGGUCAAGGAGAAGAUUGAUGCCCGAAACAGCUUGGAAACCUAUAUCUACAACAUGAAGAACCAGAUCAAUGACAAGGACAAACUUGCAGACAAGUUAGAGUCUGAUGAGAAGGAGAAGAUUGAGACAGCAGUUAAAGAGGCACUUGAGUGGUUGGAUGACAAUCAGAGUGCUGAGAAAGAGGAUUAUGAGGAGAAGCUGAAAGAGGUAGAGGCUGUUUGCAAUCCAAUUAUAACUGCUGUCUAUCAGCGGUCUGGUGGAGCCCCUGGCAGUGAAUCAGAUGGAGGAGAAGAUGAUGAUUCGCAUGAUGAACUCUAAAUCUUUUAAGCAAUUCAAAGACAUUUGAGGAAUAGGAUAAACAAGGUGGUCUAAUUUUAUUUGGUUUUUGGUUUAGUAGGGUGGAAGGAAACACAGUGUGGGGUUUAACUCCCUUGUGCUUCCUUUCCUUCAGUUCAAUUUUGCGAAGGUGAUUUGUAUAGAGUGAUCCUAUAUUAGAAGCAUAGGAUUUUACAUCCCUUAUUGGGGAAAAUAACCCACAUAAAAGUUGUUUGUCAGCAAUUAAAGUACAGGCAGGUGAUUUCUAUGUUUCACUUUU